AUGAUUGAACCACUGUGCCAUCGAGGUUUAUAUUCGGUCAUUCUUGUUGAUUUACCGGGUUUUGGUGGAUCGAGUGGCCGUGAUUUAAAUCAAGCGAGCUGGAAACGACAUGCACCAGAGAUUGUUGUUGCUAUUCUUUCGAGUUUUCACAUUGAAAAAUCUGUCAACGUAAUUGCUACUUGCGCAGGUGGUUCAGCUACUACGGUACGCACUAUCAAUCGAUAUCCUUUAUGGUUUCGUAAUUGUAAUCUCGUAUUUACAAACUCUGUAAUAGGCGACUUUGGCGAAUCAAAAGUCGGGGUUCCAUCGAAAUUUCAUGUAUUUCAUAUAAUAGUGAAAAUAGAGGAAUCAUAA